AAGAGUAUAUCUCUUUCACUGAACUCUUGCACACUAAAAACAAAACAAAUUCCUCUAUAAAACCCAAAUUCCCACUCCUUCUUUCCUUUCUUUCUUCAUCGAUGAUAAAAACCUAAAUGGAAGUAACUGAUAUCCUCCUCUUCUUAGUUUCAUUUACUUAUUUCUAGGUUGUUUUUUUUGAUCUGAUAACAAUAAUAAUAACAAAGUAAAUGGAGUUUACGAGUAUAUUUCCUGGGUUUAGGUUUUCACCAACAGAUGUAGAACUAAUAAGUCACUAUCUGAAGAAUAAAAUUGAUGGGUCUGAGAAAUGCGAUGAUGUGAUUUCUGAAGUUGAUAUUUGUAAAUUUGAGCCUUGGGAUUUGCCAGAUAAGUCCACCAUCAAGUCCGAUCACGAGUGGUUUUUCUUUUCUCCUAGCGGCAGGAAAUAUCCCAAUGGUUCACAAGCUAAGAGAGCUACUGAAAUUGGUUUCUGGAAAGCAACUGGAAAAGAGCGUGGAAUUAAGUCAGGUUCUAAUGUCAUUGGUACUAAGAGGACAUUGGUGUUUCAUGUCGGACGUGCACCCAAAGGUGAGAGGACAGAGUGGAUAAUGCACGAGUACUGCAUAAAACGUGACAAGGCUACUGUUAGAUGUGUGGAUCCCUAUGUUCUUUGUCGCAUUCGAAGGAAGCUAGAAAAUUCUGAAAAUGAUUCACAGAGUGCGGUGGUAGAGGACAAGCCAAUGGAUAACUCAAAGAAACAGAUUAGCGAUUCAGAUUCUGUCUCCUUCGAAAAACCUGAUGAUACGAAUAUUAACAAAAAGGAACAUGGGUUAGAAUCGGAAGAUGAUUUGUUUGCCGACAUAUUGAAUGACGAUAUCAUCAAUCUUGAUGAAGCACCGGCAUUCUCAAGUCUCCAAGGAACUGCGCAGAGAAGGAUCAGAUUGGAAACACCAAAGAUAUCAAAUACAAAAACUAUAAGAGCCAGAAGAAGAAUUCUGUAGCAGCAGCCACAAUCCAGGAGGAGACCGAGCGACCAGUUAAG